AGCUAAUUGGAAUUCAAUAUUUCCAACGAAACAUGUUCGAGAUCCACAAUUCUUUGCGGCCCUGGUAGCUUCGUCAGGUGAUGCUGACAUUGAGGCGGAAAUGAAAGUUAACUAGAGCCGUCGGAUCUCCACUGAAAUAAGGGCUGUGUUGUCAUGGCAGCAGCCAGCGUGAGUCGACCUGGCGUUACCCAGACCACAGAGAAGUCGCAGUUGACCUUGAAAGUGCUCUCAGCCAAGCCUCAGUCCCCCAAACUCCCCGGCAGGAACGCGCGCCUCAGCUCCUUCGUGGAGGUCACCGCGGACGGCCUGAGCAGCGAGACCAAGAAGACGGGCAAACGCAGCGGCCACCCCGAGCUGCAGUGGAACGAGGACCUCACCCUGAAUGUGACCCCGCAGAGUCGUUUGGAUCUGAAGCUGUGGAGCUGCCACACCUUGAGGAAAGAACUGCUUGGGAGCGCAACCAUUGACCUGCUGGAUACACUGCGCACACACCAGGGCAAGAUGGAGAAUGUGAAGCUCAGCCUGGCCUUGCAGACGGAGAACAGAGGCUCGGUUGUAGCGGGCGGAGAGCUGACCGUCUGUCUGGACGGCCUGGCUGUUGAUCUGGGAUCCCUGCCCAAUGGCAGCUCGGCGACAGACAAACUGCUGCAGACAGACGGACCGGCCGACGGGACAGACAGACAUGGCAACCUGCGCAGGACACAGAGCGAAGAGACACCCGGCACAGCCAGCCCCCGCGGCAGGAAUCACAGGCACUCUGCAGGGGGGGCUCGAGGAGCCUCUCUGACCAAUGGGGAGCCGGCGCUGAACGGAGAGCAGAGCCCUGGGGGGCGGAGCCGCCACCGAUCCUCUAAGAACCUCCACACCAGCCCCGCAGGUAAAGGCGAUUUGUCCACGGGUGGGGUGGAGAACGGGAGGAACAGCCCCGCCCGCCACACUCCCCCGCCGGCCCCCUCCUCCCCCAGGGGCACGCCCACCCCCACGCCCCCCGCGCCCGACCCCGGGGCUCCGCCCCCACCUGCCGACUUCAACGAGACGGGGGCGGCCCCCCCCAACCCCGACCAGCCCAACUUCAGCACUGACCCAGUGCAGGAGUCACUGCCCGCGGGCUGGGAGCAGAGGGUCUUGCCCCAUGGGAGAGUGUACUACGUUGACCACAACACCAAGACCACCACCUGGGAGAGGCCAUUACCCCACGGGUUAGUCUCUCUUUCUUUCUUUCUCCCUUCCUCCAUCUUUCCUUUCUUCCUGUUACAGGAGGUCUGGGUGCCGUUUCGGAGGAGAGAUAGGUCUAACGGGAUCGCUGUUCUCUCUCUGUUUCUCCCCCCCCAGCCCUCCGGAGCUCCUGUGGAGAAUGACCCGCUGGGCGCGCUCCCUCCCGGGUGGGAGAAAAGACAAGACAAUGGGAGGGUGUACUUCGUAAACCACAACACCCGGACCACGCAGUGGGAGGACCCUCGAACCCAAGGGAUGAUCCAGGAGGCUCCGCUGCCCCCUGGCUGGGAGAUGAAGUACACCGCUGAGGGAGUGCGCUACUUUGUGGACCAUAACUCCCGCACCACCACCUUCAAGGACCCACGGCCCGGGUUCGAGUCUGGCACCAGACAGGGCGGGUCCCCGGGAGCCUACGAUCGCAGCUUCAGGUGGAAAUAUCACCAGUUCCGCUUCCUUUGUCAUUCCAAUGCCUUGCCCAGCCAUGUGAAGAUCAGUGUAUCGCGACAGACGUUGUUCGAAGACUCAUUUCAACAGAUCAUGAACAUGAAGCCGUAUGACCUGCGCAGGAGGCUCUACAUCAUCAUGAGGGGGGAGGAGGGGCUGGACUACGGAGGCAUCGCCAGAGAAUGGUUCUUCCUGCUGUCGCAUGAGGUUCUGAACCCCAUGUACUGCCUGUUCGAAUACGCCGGCAAAAACAACUACUGCCUGCAGAUAAACCCCGCCUCCUCCAUCAACCCGGACCACCUCACGUACUUCCGCUUCAUUGGACGAUUCAUUGCCAUGGCCCUGUACCAUGGGAAGUUCAUAGACACGGGCUUUACUCUUCCUUUCUACAAGCGCAUGCUCAAUAAAAAGCCCACGCUGAAGGACCUGGAGUCCAUCGACCCCGAGUUCUACAACUCCAUCAUGUGGGUCAAAGACAACAGUCUGGAGGAGUGUGGGGUAGAGCUGUACUUCGCUCAGGACAUGGAGAUCUUGGGAAAAGUCUCCACUCACCAGCUGAAGGACGACGGCGAGAAUGAACUGGUCACCCAGGAGAACAAAGAGGAGUACAUCGGUCUGCUGACGGAUUGGCGCUUCACGAGGGGAGUGGAGGAGCAGACCAAGGCCUUCCUGGACGGGUUCAACGAGGUCGUGCCUCUGGAGUGGCUGCGCUACUUCGACGAGAAAGAGCUGGAGUUGAUGUUGUGUGGGAUGCAGGAGGUUGAUCUGAGUGACUGGCAGAAGAACACCAUCUACAGACACUACACCAAGAACAGCAAGCAGAUACACUGGUUCUGGCAGGUGGUGAAGGAGAUGGACAGUGAGAAGCGUAUCCGGCUGCUGCAGUUUGUCACAGGAACCUGCCGCCUGCCCGUCGGGGGCUUCGCUGAGCUCAUAGGUAGCAACGGGCCUCAGAAGUUCUGCAUAGACAAGGUGGGGAAGGAGACCUGGCUGCCCAGGAGUCACACCUGUUUUAAUCGGCUGGACCUGCCUCCUUACCGGAGUAUGGAGCAGCUGAGGGAGAAGCUGCUGUUCGCCAUCGAGGAGACGGAGGGAUUCGGGCAGGAGUGAGGGGGAGAGAGGGAGGACGAGCGGUGAGACGGAGGAGCGCGGGGGAGGAGAACGAGGAGGAGGAGGAGGAGGAGGAGGAGGAGACGCCGCAAGCGGAGCGGAGAGGAGAGGGAGAAAGCAGCCCGGGGGAACAGAAAAAACCCCAGCCACUCAUUGUCAGGCCCCGCCCACGUCCCUGCUCACUCGCUAUGACAGACGAGCUCCUCGCGACGUCACGCCGAGCGCGUGCGCGCGUGAUUAAUCUUACGAAAAACGCCUCCUAGCUGCGUUCACGGUCCUGGUUGUAAAUUGGUGUCAUAUCUUUUUUUUGAUUUUUCUCUCCCUUCAAGAAAAACAGAACUCUGGCGUUAUACGUAUGUUUUAUCGCACCAACAAUCAUUAACGGUGAUGAAAUCAUGCGGAAGUGGCGGAGGCGUAGACGUCUUGAGUUCGUCCCGUUUCGCUCUUUCCUGCCCCUGAGCCGCACGCUCGCUCUCCACUGUUUGUGAGCGGCAAACUCUCUGGAGGGGGCGUGGCCUCUCACCAGCACAGCUAUCCGGCAGGACCCAGGGGGGUGUGGCCACGAUGAUGGGACUUCCGACGAAGUGGCGUGUAGACUUUGUCUCCCCCUGCUGGCUGCCUGCCGCCUGUACAUUCGCCCUCUCUCCCCUCCCUUGUAAUUACACCAAAUACAUUAUACAGGACGUCUUCAAUAAAGAUUAUAUUAUAUCACCUGCAAAUAUCAACAAAUCAGCUACAGCUAAUGUAUGUAUCUAUGUAAGAGAAAUAAUAGUGAGACAAACCUUAUUAAGAGAAGGUUCACAUGAAAGGGUGAGAGAAAUGUGGCCAUUUUUUUCAUUGUGAAAAACAGUGUUAUAUUGUAAUGAAACAAAUAAAUGAAAUUAAAAUCUGAAGAAA